UUUUUCUUUCUCUUUUCAGGCUCUGGACAUAAGCAGCAGCAAUAUGUUUGUCGGGGUUGAUGUGCUGAUAGCUGUGGGCUCCAUCAUUAUGAUCCUAGGAUUUCUUGGUUGCUGUGGUGCCAUAAGGGAAAGCCGGUGCAUGCUUCUCUUGUUUUUUAUUGGACUGCUGCUGAUCCUGAUCCUUCAGGUCACAGGGGGUAUUUUAGGAGCAGUGUACAAACCUCAGCUUGAGGAGGGCCUUAACCUGACACUUAAGGAGGCUGCUGAUUUACUGAAAGGUAAUUCCGAAAAUGCAAAACAAGUUCAAGAGUCAUGGCAGAAGUUUCAGCUACAGGUAAGUAAAAUGUAGUAAGUAAAGUGGGGUUUGUUGCUAU